UGGUUUCUAUAUCCAAAAAUAUCAAUCAACGAGCCUACAGGCUACCCUGCAACUUCUAAAACCAGCGAAGACUCGACGUCUAUGCUUCAAAGCUAAGCUCUUUAAUUUACUGGGUCUCUCUCUUCCUCUAAGCAACUAAGUUUUUCUCUGAAUUCAAGUAUCAAUACACUUAAAAGGGUCAAUGUUGUAUGCAGUUUCUACCCCUAGAACAUGCAUUUCCUGUCCAAGAAGUUCUCGUUUUCAUCGAAGGAAUUUAGUUUCGGUCAGGCUUUGUGUACGUGCUUCAUUGCCCGAUAAUGGCAAUGGAGUUAAAGUGGAGUAUACGCCCUGGCUAAUUGUUGGAUUGGGUAACCCUGGAACAAAGUACCACGGCACUAGGCACAAUGUUGGAUUUGAAAUGAUUGAUCGAAUUGCCCAAGCGGAAGGUGUUUUGAUGAACACAAUACAAUCGAAGGCUUUGAUUGGAAUAGGUUGCAUCGGAGAGGUGCCGAUUCUCUUGGCAAAACCACAGGCAUAUAUGAAUUUUAGUGGGGAAUCAGUUGGACCACUUGCUGCUCAUUAUAAAAUACCUCUUCGUCAUAUUUUACUGAUCUAUGAUGAGAUGAACUUACCAAAUGGCAUUCUGAGGGUUCAGCCAAAAGGUGGACAUGGCCAUCACAAUGGAGUAAAGAGUGUGAUGGACCAUUUGGAUGGUUGUCGAGAAUUUCCUCGAUUGUGUAUAGGCAUUGGAAAUCCACCUGGCACAAUGGACAUGAAAGCUUUUCUCCUUCAGAAGUUUAGCCCAACAGAGCGAGAACAGAUUGAUGCAUCAUUGGAACAAGGGGUUGAGGCUAUGAGGACCUUGAUACUUGGUGGGUUCACCAACAAAAUUACUAGAUUCAAUCUGGGGCAAAAGUACAAGUAUCACAAAGUUUGAAUCCAAGAAAAAGGCAUAGCUGAAAGAGAGGCAAAAACCAUCUCAGUAAAGUUGAGAGCUUCUGACAUUUGAGCCAAAAGAUGUAGCUUCUUGUAAGCUUCCUUGCAGUAAUUAAUGUACGGAUGCUUAACCAUUUAUUGUCGAUGUCAUCCUCGGCUCCUUCUGGCAGCAGUGUCUGCAUCUCAUGUUAAUUGAGGUCAUAUGACCGAGAGAUAAAUUUCAUUGUCAUGUUAUUUUGUUACGCAAUUUCAUACAUGCAGUCAUAUUAUGGGAUGAUUGUUUUCGGAUCUUAA